AUGGCAGAACAAUUAACAUGUGAAAAUUCAAUCUACUCAAAAUAAUAGAGAUAUACAAAAGAAGACAAAAAAAAAGAUGUAAUAAUUAGACCAUACAAUUACGAUUGUAAUUAUUAUUUAUCAUUAUUAGGCUAAUAAGAUUAAUAUAAUGUGAAAUUAUGUGGAUUAGUAUUUGAUGCAAUUGGAGUCCCAGAUUUUUUUGUAUAAAAUUAAGAUGAUUAGAACACCUAAACAGAUGUCUUCCAAUGA